AUGCCCACCACGGCCCCCGAAAAGCUGAGAGACCUCGCUCCCGCCGCCCAGGACAGCGGCCCUCCGCCGGACGACGGAUCUGCCUCCAAGGGCGGCUCGUCCCGCCGCAAGCUGGUCAAGAGCGCCUGUCGGAACUGUCAGACCAAGAAGACAAAGUGCAACGGCAAGCGCCCGAAAUGUUCGCGAUGCCUGCAGAAGGGGCUCGCCUGUCAGUACGACACGCUGUACGAGGGUAUGAGCAAGCAGCAGAGUGCGGAAUAUGAGAUCUUGCGCCUCAACGACAUCAUCACCGAUUUGGAGCAGAAGCUUCGUGUUUUGGAGCACGGCUCCCAGCAAGAAGCGUUCGCCAUGCUAAAUGUCAUCCGGCGGCGCGCCGCUAUCGAAGGGGCGCUCGAGGGAGUCGAUGAUCGAAGUAGGCAGGAUUCCUCGUCGAGCGCCGCUGCUUUGAGCCGUAAUUUGGACCCUUCCGCGGUCGACGUCGAGGUCGAAAGUCGCACCAACAGUACCAACAGUGAUGAUUUCAUUCCGCUGUUGUUCAACCGACAGGAAUGGGCAGACAUUCUACCUGCCAACCCAAAUGCCAACUCAAUGGAUCCUACUUCGAUGACUUCUCGUGGAGACGACGACGGCGACGGCGACCGGGACGACGAUCAUAACGAUGGCAGCAGCGGCAACUCACGACCUCGAUUACCACCACGACGACAGCAACAAUCAUGUCCAUCGUUUCGCCAACAACAGCAAGCCCCUUCAGACAUGAUUUACCACGGAUUCGUUGCUCCACCGCAAACACAGCACCUCCAGGGCUUUGGGAACCUGCCCUUCUCCAGUAGCAUCAGUGCCAACCACUAUCCUCCGCGGAUCCAAGAGCAGCAACUUGGGAAUAUAUUUGCACCGUUGUGGAAUAUCCUUCCCAUAACUACUCUCGGCGGUAUUGCGUCUGUCAAGGAGUCCGUCGCAGCGACAGUCCGACAUGCCAGGUUACUCAUCCAAUCUGGGCACGAGGUCGAGCACAUUGUUGGUAAAAAGUGCAACAUAGCAGCCAUCCUCGAUCGAGGCCAGUACAAGCGGUCAACGCUGCUCUCUCAAUGGGCCGCAGGCUUGACCUACAGCUUUCAGCGCAAGACUAGGGAUUUUGUUACAUUUGCCUCUAUGCAUCUGAUAUGGACAUUGGCGCGGUGGAUGAUCGUCCCGAGGCCAGACACGUACGAAGCCAUUCCUGCAUGGCUACGUCCUACGAUGGACCAGCUCUUUGUUCCCCACGUGGAAAUUGUGGACCUCGUGCUCUGGCCCGCCCCGAGGGACCUAGUCGUGAACAACGCGGCAACCCUACAGUCCGACUGGAGAUGGCUUCAUGACAUGGGCGUGACUAUCGAUUGCGACUGGUUCGUCGAUUUGGAGCUGGCACUAGAGAUGGACCCCGUGACGGGAGAGAUGUACCUAUCGGAAGCAGCAAAGGCAACCGCUGAACAGCUGGAGAAUUGGUCAUUGGGGCCGACUAUUCAACAGUACUUACCAGUCGACAACUGGAGUUCAAUGGCGAGGAUCAGGCCUGCUUUUGAGCAGCACCUUAGUUGA